CGAAACUACGUCGUUAAUGGAAUAGCAAAAUCGCUGACCGUCAAAGUCCCACCCAGUCCUACCCGCAUCUCGUCUGGCCAGCCUGAUAUCCCAGCCGUGACAGCAGCCGCGCCGCACCACACUGAACGCUAAUUGAUAAAAGAGGGCUUUGACGGUCAGCGCCAGCUCAUAUAGCAAUCUCCGCCCCCACACAACCAUUUAUUCCAUUUUAAGACUCCUGCAACUCUCUCUCUCUCUCUCUCUCUCUCUCUCUCUCUCUCAACUUCUUCUUCACAAUCGAUUAGCUGUAUCAAAAGAGGUAUGCAUCGAUUCUUUUGCUGUUAUAGGUAGGGUUAAGGUUAGAUCUUAGAUUUUUUAAAAUGAUUGGUUUGCUUGUAGUUUUGUAAUCGUUGACUGUGCGUUGAUAUGUUGAAUUGGUUGUCGAAUUGGUUAUUUACACUAUUUGCAGUUCGAUCUGUUGAGAUUCCAAGCUCUAAUGCUCCAUUUGGUUGCUGAGAAAAUGUAUACAUCCCAAGAAUGGGAGUUUAAACUUCUGAAUCAUUAAUUUCUACUUUAUUUGUUUAGUUGAAAAAUUAUUUCCGAGCAAAUGAAGCAUAAUAGUUCGAUCUAUUUGAAGAUUCGAAACAACAUGGAACUUGAUGUUUGUAAGUAUAACGAUUUUACUUAGCAACCAAACCGUACGUGUGAUCCUCGGUUAGGUUGCUGAGGGAGGAUUUUGGUUAUUGGAUGCGAAGUAGUUGCGAUCCCUGAGAAUAAAUCCUUUUAUCAGCUCAGGAUUGUUGUUUUAGAGUGCUAUAGUUUUUUAAAUGUCUGAGCAAACCUAACUGUGGAGUAUAUCUGAACUAAACAUUAUUUAUAAAAUGAAUGCAAGCUACACUGUAACCUUAUGGAUUAGCUGAAGCUUAAUAUUUCCAUUAUUUUGUCAAUACGUUAUCUGAGCGUUUUAACAGAGGAUUGUUCAUAACCCAAAGGCAUUUUUUUUAAGAUUGAUAGCAUUUUGCAAAAUUUGUUUCCUGACUGUAAGUGCAUUUCGUGUAUUUUAAUGAUGGAUGUGCUUAAAAUUUAUGAUGUAGUAGAUAUUAGUCAACUCUAAUAAAUAUGUCACCAACUGACACAUCGCGGGAGGAGAAUGUCUACAUGGCCAAACUGGCAGAACAGGCUGAACGAUAUGAGGAAAUGGUUGAGUUCAUGGAAAAAGUUGCUAAGACUGUUGAUGUUGAGGAGCUGACAAUGGAGGAGAGAAACCUCCUCUCUGUUGCUUACAAGAAUGUGAUUGGUGCUAGGAGGGCUUCAUGGAGGAUCAUUUCUUCCAUUGAGCAGAAGGAGGAGAGCCGUGGAAAUGAGGACCAUGUCACAAUAAUUAAGGACUAUAGGGCUAAGAUUGAGGCUGAGCUAAGCAAGAUCUGUGAUGGUAUUUUGAACCUUCUCGAGUCCCAUCUUGUUCCCUCUGCUUCAUCUGCCGAGUCCAAGGUAUUUUACUUGAAGAUGAAAGGCGAUUACCAUAGAUACCUAGCUGAGUUUAAGACUGCGGCAGAGAGGAAGGAAGCUGCUGAGAGCACUUUGUUAGCUUACAAGUCUGCUCAGGAUAUUGCUUUGGCUGAACUGGCUCCUACUCAUCCAAUAAGGCUUGGACUUGCACUUAACUUCUCUGUGUUUUAUUACGAAAUCCUUAACUCACCUGAUCGUGCUUGCAACCUUGCGAAACAGGCUUUUGAUGAAGCUAUCUCCGAAUUGGAUACAUUGGGUGAGGAAUCAUACAAGGAUAGUACAUUGAUCAUGCAACUUCUCCGAGACAACUUGACCCUGUGGACUUCUGAUAUUACGGAUGAAACCGGGGAUGAGAUCAAGGAAGCUUCAAAACGUGAGGCGGGUGACAGACAAUAGCCGCGAGCUUCUGUAUGUUCCGUUUGUGCCUUAUUAUAGAUUUCAUUUGGGGGUGUUAGUACAUCUUCAUAGAGUCGAACUGCUGCUAUGUUGCUCAGUUUUACAUAUUAUUAGGUUGUAUUAUUGCUGUUCAAAAGAAUUGGGUUUGGUGGUUUUGUUAUCAGAGAUGUUGGUUAUUUUAGUGGUUUUCGUCUUGGUACGAAUUUGACAUGAUUCAAGUGGUUGCUUUUGUCGUUUUGGUACUUCAUAUUAUUGCAUAUACUUGGUUCUUUUCAAAAUUAGAGGCUUGUAUGAAAGG